AUAAAAUAAAUGCAAUUUCAUUUAGCAAAUUGAAAUAUUAGUAUGACAAAAUUGUGUUUGUGUUUUUAUUGAUAUAACUCUUGUUUAAAUGACUUCGGACAAAUAUAUUUAAAUAAGACACCAUGAAGUAGAACGCCACAGCUGAAUAUUAGACUAAUCACCGUCAUUUUCCAAUUAUUGGAACUCUCCUGGACUUGGGAGGUUAAGUGAAAGUUCACGCUAAGAUUGAUUUAUUAAAGACACCGUACAUUUCAGCAAAUAUUUCUGAAACAGAAGUGGAGUGCUGAGGAAUAUGUGUAUUUCAUUUGUGUCGAUGUGUUUAUAUGGAAUCUGGUUAUCUAUUUACUGACACGAGAAAAGUGUUCUUAAAUGGAAUUAUAUAUUUUGUGUUUGGGAUUUAAAUUCGCAAUACAGAUAUAUAUUAAGAAGAUGAGCCUGUAUAUCGUAGUUCUCCUGGUAUUAGCAUACAUGAUAUCGAAAAGAUUCCUAAAAACACUGAAAAUUGCUCGGAUCUACGACAAAUAUGUAUUUAUUACCGGAUGUGAUAGUGGGUUUGGUAAUUUAUUAGCCAAACGCCUGGAUUACCGUGGUAUGAAUGUGUUCGCUGGAUGUUUAACUGAGGAAGGGAGAGAUAAGCUGGAUAGAUCGACAUCAUGUCGUGUGACUCCAUUGCUUAUUGACAUAACUGAUGAAGAAAGUAUUAAAAAUGCAUGCAUGUUUGUGAAAUCGAGGCUUCCACAUGGACGAGGAUUACAUGGUCUGGUAAACAAUGCUGGCAUUUCCGACUCAAUAAGUCUCUUGAUAUCAGAAUGGAUUCCCAUCGACGAUUACAAACGUCUAUUGGAUGUAAACCUUUACGGGAUGGUGCGCGUAACAAACAGGUUCUUGCCACUAAUAAGACAAGAGAGAGGACGAAUUGUAAACAUGUCCAGUGUUUUAGGAAGACUAUUUGCAGCAGGAGGCGCCCCGUACGUCUGCUCGAAAUUUGCAGUAGAAGGAUACUCGGAUACCCUCAGACAGGAAUAUUAUACAGCCGGGGUAAAAGUCAGUAUCAUAGAGCCUAGUGCAUUCAAAACAAACGUAUUUGAUACUGAUAAAGCUAAGGAAAAGCUGUGUGAAUACUUUAAACGUCAGGAUGAAGAUGUUAUAGAGUAUUACGGAAAGGAUUACCCUGAAAUAAUUAUAAAGAAUAUGAUGGGAGAAGGUGUGUUCUCGAAGCGACUGUACCAGGUCGUGGACGCGUACGAGCAUGCAUUGACGUCAAAAUUCCCGGAAGGUCGAUAUUUAGUUGGGAAAGACAGUCAUACAUAUAUCAGGUUCCUGUAUUUUGCGCCAGAAUGGCUGACCGCAAAAAUUAUAGGAACGCUUAACUGGCCACUACCAAAAGGGCAACGAUAAUUUGCUGUCUUAGUUCUUAUCUGAUUUUAUUGUUACUCAUAAAUUUCGUAUUGGUCCUGUGUAUAUAAAAAAUAACAUGUUAAAUAAUAUAUGCUUAUUUAUUUGAAGUGAUAUGUAUGAAUCGAUAUAUGAUUUUGUCAGAGUUUUUUUUUUAUAAUGUAUGUGAUCAUUUAUAAUAAAUUAAUAAAAGUCUUCCUGAGAGGAAAAAUGAUAAUAGAGUGGGGAAUUCUACUAGUCUAAUUGAAACUAUGUUUUUUAAUAUUAAGCCAUUUUUAGCUAUUUUUACGAAAAUCAUUAUUUUCGCAAUUACUGAGGUUUUGAUUUCAAUAAAAAAAAAAGCCUCUGUAUCCAUUUUAUGUGAAAAAGCAAUUGAUGAUACGAAUUUUCAACCAUUCUACUACAUAAACCAAAGGGCAAUGAUAUAAUGUCAUAAUCGGCAAAAUAGUUUCCAUGGAAACUGUUAAGGGUAGUGUAUAAAACCACAUAUAAUUGCAGGCUAUACAGGCACUAUAUCUCAGGUGUUGUGAUAGUGAUAAUAAUUAACAGAAUUUUUCAUGACACUAAGUGACAAUGAAUGUGUCCUUAUAUACACAAUUUAUAACACUCAUUUGUAUUUUAUUUUUUUACGAACCUGACAAUAUCAACCAAACCGCACUUAUUUAACAUGACACAUAUGAUACUAAUAAAACAAAUUGAUGAAUUAUCAUUAUUUUGUCAGAUGUGCUAUUUGAUCAUUUGACUUUGACAGUGUAUAACUUCUAUUUUCACUUGACACAAUAUUAAUAUUUGAUAUUUCGUAAAUUACAUUUUUAACAAAAUUAUGUUCCUGCUAGCAUACACUAUGGAAUAUAUAAUUACUUUAAUGACCAGCUUUUCCUCAGUUAGUACAUUCAGUCGGAGAGCAUACAUGUAUGUGUAGGAAGAAGAUAAAAAAUAUAUGUUUGACCGUUUAUGCCUCCAUUAAAGGAAAUUUUCAUCACAUGAUGAGUAAGUACUUGUGUUCUGACAUUGACGAUAAAAUCAGGGUAUCUAUAACUAAGGUAUUUGUACAGUAAACCAGACAGUUAUCAAAUAAACCGGAUAGCGAUAAGAUAACACGUGUCUGAUUCAGCUGGUAUGACAUCGUAUAGAGCAGUAAUAAUAAGCCAACAGACAUACAAGAGUUGAAAAUUGGAUUAUUAAAAACAAACAAAUAUAUCAUUGUUUACAAAUACAAUCCCCUUUUCAAGAGUUCCUAGUGUAGUAGUGGUUUCACAUUAUACCAUUUUUUUAUAUUUAUUAUUAAAAAUGGAAAUACAAAUGUUUUAAGUUUUUUAUGUAUUCUUCUAUUCUAAAGAAGCUUCGAAUUCCUUUUUAAGCCGAUUAGUGAUGAAUGAAAGUCUAUGUUGGAGAUUCUCUUUGUUUAUAUGAAACAUUGCUUAAAUUAUAAUAACAUGUUUAUGCUAUUAAGUUUGUGGUCAAGAAAAUCUAAAAUUAGUCUGAAAUGGUUUUAGUAUAUAACAAUACCGUAUGAUUUUCUAUCCACACAGCUUACUUUUCCCAGAAGAUAGAUAAUGUGGGACAUUUCCAAAAUAAGUGAAUAAUUCAACAUUUCUAUUACAGUGGGCAGUUCUAAAUCUUAAUUGUGCAAACACUUUGUUUGUAGCUUAUAUCCUCUGUUUAAUCAACAUGAUCUACAGAACAACGAAAUACAUCACCGAUAUACUAGAUGAAGUGCAAUUCCAGCUCAAGACAAGGAUAUGCAUUUACACGGGAAGAGAACGUGGGGAGAGUAGAUGCAUCCUAUUUCAUCAAGGACCUACAAGUCUAGGUCAUAUCCGGGCUAUGUCAUGUUCUCAAAAUCAGAACUAGGGAAGCCUAGGUAUAUAGAUAAGCGUCGGACAUGUCUAGGUUCAUUUCGCAUAAGAAAUAGAAUAUUUCCAUGUCGGAUCAUAAUGUCGAUCAUAAAAUGUUCCCUAUUAGCAAUCUCUACCGGUAUAUAAAAGAAUGAGGCAGUGUUUAUGCUGCGAAUAAGAUUGAACAACACGUUUGUAUUUUCGUUACUAUGUUUGACAUGUGUAUACGUUUCUCUCUGCAUGUAUUGAUGAAUUUCUAAUGCUUGUGUAACAAUAGGCCUUUACACAGUUUAGACCCAACACAAAAAUAUAUGUAAAAUUAGGUUAACUAGACGGUGAUAUUAAUGUUUACCCUGAACGCUAAAACGUGCCCAUGUGACACGUGUAAUGUUGGUCAAGAUACCCGAAUUUCGUCAGAUCUAGAUAAGAUACAGGUAGUCAAAUCAGUGCAGGUUACAUCAUUAAGCUCAGACCUACCAAAUGUUUAGUAACAACAAAUCAAAACAAAGUCUGAAUUCCAUUAUGAGAAUAAUCGCGAACUACCUACGAACGAAAUUUUGCUCGACUGUCGUAAAUAAUUUUUGUUUGUUUUAGGAGUUUAAUGAUAUCGCAUUAGCCAGGGUUCUAUGAGGACGGGUGUCGAACAGGCACCUAUAGAGGAAGCAUAGAAAGACUAAUAAGUGAGGGGGAAAAUGAAAGAUUAAAGGCCCAAAGUGUUGUAAGUCGGACAGAUCUAUUUUAGUCUCUUAAAUGUCACCUCAAAUAGAUGACUCGAAAGAAAAAUCUCCAAUUAAAACAAAUUCAUAGCCAAGUUAUCAGAGCAAAUUCAAAUAGGGAGACUAUGAACUAUUCAUCUUGUCCUUGGACUUCCUAGUUUACAUAAAUGACGAAAAUCUGUUAAUGACUAUAAAAAGUCAGUUUUGUUGUCGUCAUUAUUAUUGAGAACUGUUUUAUCAUUUCAUCAAGUUGAUGCGUAUUAUAUGUCAUCUAUUCGUUUCAUUGAAUUCAAGAGGGAUAAGUCUUAAAUGGUAUGGAAUAUUUUGUUAAGAUACCGAAAAGUAAGUAAUUCUAGUUUUGUCUGUGAUAUUUAAUCGCCUUCUCGAACUUUCGACUUUCUAUUCUAGGUAGUCUAACUAGAUUUCUAGGUAGACGGGCUCUGAUUGGAAUUUCAGCUGAAUUAUGGGUCGUCUCAAACUUAUUAAAGGUCUUAUACAGUUUAGUUACUACCUAUUUCUAAAUAAUUGAAAUGUAUAAACACAUCUUGGAUGUAAUAGAACUUUUCCUACAAUCAUAUUUCCAUUGUCCUUAAUUCUAAGUAACUAAACGUAAUUUUGCAUUGAGAAACAAUUAGAGGUAGAAAGUUUAGUUUAGAUGUAUUUAUAGAAUGUGGUACUUGUAGAGAUACGCGCUCCCAAAUAACAACAUGUUCUGAAACAUGAAAAGAAAUGCGACUGAAAGCAAAAAUAGAGAUAAGCAACAAAAAUGCCACGAAAGCAUCAACAAAAUUAUAAGAAGAAAUAGAUGCUUUCAAAUAUGCCUCAGUUAAACACUUUGUAUUCGAACUAUCCGCAUGUCAUACGUCUUUUCGAGUUUUCGCUUGCGGUCCGUCUACAUCGAAAUUGAAAAUGCAUCUCAUUAGAAAGACAGACAACAGAGAAGUGAGUCGAAACAAACCAGUACAUUGAUCGCUUUUGGUUCAGGGUAACUAUAUAUUUUCAGAAUAAUUGAGGUUAUUAUGGACAUUGUCAUUUGGACAUCAAAACAAUGGCAUGGACAUAAGAACAUCUCGAUUCGGCAAGAAGAAAGUUUUGAUAAGUCUCGGAAAGUUAAAUGUAAACUGUUUCAAAUUGUACUACAGCGUGUUUUAAAAAGAUGAACAUUUCACAACGAAACCAAUCAUUGACUUCCUUCUUAAAAGCAAUGUUCGUCAAUUACAAUCACUGACGCUUCCGUUACUUAUUUUAAUCUAUCAAACGUUGUAAACCAUCAGUAUAACGUUUUUAUUCAAACGUCAAUGCAUUAAGUUUUAAAUCUCAGUCAUGUCAGUUUAGAGGAUAAACAUUUCCCAUAUAGCAGAUCACAUUGAGAAGUUUUUGUUUGUUUUAGUUGAAGUUUAUGAUAGAUAUUUCCCCACUGAAAUAAUUUUUAAACAAUCGAAGCAGCACUGUAUCUUUAGCAACCUAUUAAACGCAUAUACCAGAUUUAAAUAUCUCUUAGCGUUAAACUAGUCUGUAUUAUGUAAUAUAUACAACAUUGAUGAGUAUAUGUUGACGUUUACAACUAAUAAUUAUCAGAUAAAGGUUAACUGUUCCGAGAUUUUUUUAAAGUAAAAUGAAUACUCGAAACAAAUGUUAUGAUGCCCUUUAGUUUCCCGACAAAUUGUUUUAGAAAAGUCAUUUUAACUAAUUGACUUUUUUUCUAUUUUUUUUUUUUUGCAGCAAUAAACAUUCACAUGUAACAUAUAAUUCAAGUAACUGGUCCAUAAGUCCGGAAAAAAGUGCUCUUAUUUGAAUUUAUAUGAAUUAAGUAACUUUAACAUACAUAAGAAGUAGGAACGUGUUGACAAAUUAACAUCAAUGAUAUGAAUUUAUCAUUUAUGUGUUCUAGACAGAGAUAAAAACAUAGUAAUGACCUUCCAUCACUAGCGAUAUCAAGAAUUCUUUGGUUCCCGAAUGUAUACAUAUCUUGUACUUACAAUCAACGAGGCCGUCAGACAGACUGUGACGCAGGUAUGGACUUUGUCUAUCUGAGUGAAAGGAGCGUAUGCUUAUUGUCAUGGGGUGUAUAUAAACUCCGCCUUCUCCGGUACAACUCAUUAGUACUGCAGCCUAUCCUGACCUUCAUUUACAGACCUAAUACCGAAUAAAAAUGCUAGCUCUCAUACUUAUCAGCUUUACUCUCGUCUUUGUGACCGGCCUUGUCGUCAUCCGAAGGCAGUUUCGUAGUUUGAAAAUCAAGAAAAGAGAGGAACUUUAUGUCAUGAUAACAGGGUGUGACUCGGGUUUCGGUAACCUGCUGGCAAAACAUCUGGACAGUCUAGGGAUGAAUGUAUUCGCUGGAUGCCUUACGAAAAAGGGAGGCGACGAGCUGAGACAAUCUACAUCUAAUCGAGUUGUUGUCAUUGACAUUGAUGUCACCAACCACGAAAGUGUCGCUAACGCUUAUGAAGAGGUGAAGAGUAGACUACCCGACGGCAAAGGCCUAUGGGGACUCGUGAACAACGCCGGCAUAUUUGGACAGUGUUGUUAUGUUGCAUCUGAUUGGUUGAACAUUGACGACUACAAAUCUGUUAUGGAUGUAAACUUGUACGGAACCAUAGAAGUGACAAGAGCCUUCCUGACCUUGAUCAGGAGGGAGGAAGGCCGCAUUGUUAACACAACCAGCGUCUCGGGUAGGGUUGCUAUUGGUGGCGCUCCGUACGUCUGCUCGAAAUACGCCGCCGAGGGAUUCGCUGAUUCUUUGAGGAGUGAGUUGUGGAAAUCGGGAAUAUCAGUACAUAUCAUAGAGCCAAGUGGAUACAAAACCAACUUUUGUUCAGGAGAGGGUAUUGUAGCAAAUCUGAUGAGACGAUAUCAGGAACUGGAUCAGGAAAAAAGGGAAUAUUACGGAGAAGACUUUGUGCAAAGAUUAACAUCCCGCAUGGACUUUGAUGGGAAUAUGUCUUCAAAUCUGAACGAGGUGAUCGAGGCCUAUACCCAUGCACUGACCGCCCGAUUCCCAAAGGCACGUUAUGUGGUAGGCUGGGACGCCAAUACCUUGUAUCGAUUCCUCUGGUCAGCCCCGGAAUGGUUGAGUUCCUUCCUCCUCAGCAGACCUUGGCCAACUCCUCGAGGAGUCCUUAAACAACACAAAUAAUAGAAGCAUGCUUGAUGAUAAGAAAGGAUGGUGCUUUGUGUUCUUAAGAGACUUUGGGGGGG